AUGAAGAAGAACAAGAGGAAGUCCACCACGAGGGUCAGCGAGCAAGAGGCCAUCUACGCCCCGCCCUCGCACGGUCCAGGAGGUGUCCAAAACAUGUUGGAUGGAGGAGAGUAUGCUCCCUUUGUAACUCCUCCCAUGUUAGAGGGCAACUUUAUCCAGGUCAACAGGAGAGGCGAAUCCAUUUACCUUCAUAACCGAGCCAACUGGGUAACUGUCGGCAUCUGCUCCUCCAGUCACAGCCACAAGGCCCCCAGCGUGAUGCUGCUGGCACACCUGAGCCCCGGCGCCCGGAAAGAUUCAGAACCCCUGUUUAAAAGUCUCCUGACAUCUCACUUCCCCGAGAAACUGGUCCUCACCAGGUUUCUCCCCCUGCAGUUUGUGACUCUGUCUGUGCACGACGCAAAGACUAUGCGCCUCAAAGUAAAGCUGGUGAGCGGUCGAGCCUACUACCUACAGCUCUGCGCCCCUGCAUGCAAGCAGGACACCUUAUUUUCUCAGUGGGUGCAACUCAUCUCCCUCUUGAAUCAGGAGAAACCCAGAGCUUCCAAAAUGUCGGGAGUCUCAAGCCUCUCCGAAGUCACAAAUAGCACAGACAUCACAGGCUCGGUGGACAUCGUGGACAUUGCAGCAUUAACAGCUUUGCAGGGCCCACCCGUGUACCCAGACCCAGACGCUACACAUGCCAUAGAAAGCACCGAGUUCUCGGAAUUAACAGUCAUCACUGAUGUCACCGACAUCACAGAUGUUCCAGAAAAAGAGGUCACUGAGGCUCCAGACGUCAAAAUUUUCACAGAAAUCACAGAAGUGUCGGACCUCCAUGAUGUCACAAACAGUUCAGGGGUCAGAGUGGUAUUUGAAAAUGAUGACAUAAUAAGGGCCAAGGAAAAGGAAAAAAUAGACAAUAUCCUGAAGACUGGGUGUUUACAAGAUACAGAAAGUAAGAAUGCGUUACAAGAAGGCUCAGAUCGCAUCACCGACUCAAACGUAACACUGCCCUUCGAAGGUGAAAGAUGUUUUCGUACCGCCUUGGCUCCAGAAGGAACUGAGACAAAUACAUCCAAAGAGAUGAGAGACAGGACCUCGGAAACAAGGACAGCUGGCUUUCCCCGCGCGGCUCUCAGGGCUGAAGAAUCCAGGAACGUGAGAACUGAUUCAAACACUUCAGCAUUGUAUAGUUUUGCAGUUUUCUCUCUGAUUUGCAUUUCUUUCCCCUUUUUCACACUCCCCUGA